GGCCUCUUGAAGAGGACUGUGGGGGAGGGUCACGUGAUGUGUGUACACACUGUAGAGUUCAGCACCACUCGAUUCGUAGUAAGAUCAUCAGCGUCCUCCCCUUUCCAGAACAAGCUUUGACGGACCAGAGGCGAAUAUACCAUAUGCAACUGUGUUUACGCCACAUAUUGGCGACUUAAUCGAUCGCAAUUUUUCUUACUUCAUUUUACACGAAGUCCUGGAAGUCUAGCUACCGAUUUGGGAGCUUUUGUCAAAGUAUCCAAGGAGAAAUGUCAAUGGAAAUACAGCAGAACCCGAUGCCUCCGUAGAGCUGUCUCAAUGCCAAGAACUGGUCCUCUGCUGAUUUGGAAAGACGGAGCAGACACCUUUGGAAGUCUAGCAAUGUGGAGCUGCAUGGUUUACAAUGAGACGGACGACAACGCGGACCUCCGGCUCUGCCAGGACUUCGGACUCAUUCUGUCCGUCUUCUCUCUGGUGUACCUCAUUGUCUGCUUUCCGGUGGGGCUAUGCUACAAUGCCCUGCUGGUGGUGGUCAACCUUUCCAACAAAGUCACCAUGACCAUGCCUGAUGUCUACUUUGUGAACAUAGCAAUUGCUGGUCUGGUGCUCAACUUGGUGGCUCCAGUAGAGUUGCUGGGCCCCAAUUUUACACGCUGGCCCAUGUGGGAAUACAACAAUGAGAUCUACAUCACCCUCCUCAUUCUUUUCAACAUCUCCUCUCUGGUCAUCAUGUACUCCACUACCUUGCUCAGUCUGGACUAUUAUAUUGAGCGGGCUCUCCCGCGCACCUACAUGUCCAGCGUUUACAACACCAAGCACGUUUGCGGCUUCAUCUGGGGCGGUGCCGUACUCACUAGCUUCUCUUCGCUGCUCUUCUAUGUGUGCAAUCACGUCUCCACUAAGAUCAUCGAGUGCUCCAAGAUGCAGAACAAAGAGGCAGCUGACGCCAUCAUGAUGUUCAUUGGGUACGUGGUGCCAGCAGUGGCUGUGCUGUACGCGUUCGUGCUGAUCCUCCGCAUCAGGAAAGAGUCCACCCCUUUGGACCAGGACUCUGGAAGGCUCGAUCCUUCCAUCCACAGGUUGCUGCUGGCCUCUGUGUGCAUGCAGUUUCUUCUGUGGACUCCAUACUACAUGACCUUACUGGUUCACACAGUGGCUGGAGCUCCUGGGAACCAAUCCAGCAGGCAGCAACUCAUCACAUACUUCUUCCUGAGAUGUUUAUCCGAGCUGCUCGCCUUCUGCAGUAGCUUUGUCAUUCCCCUCAUGUACAGGCAAAUGAACAAGAACUUUUCGCAUAAACUCCAGCGGCUCCUAAAGAGGCUGCACUGCGGGGACCAAUCAUGUCCUCACGAACGCUCAACAGUACAGCAGGUGGUCACAUGAGGGCUUGUGACCAAUCAGACCUGCUUCUCCCUCACUAGCACUUACUCCGAAUCCACAGAAGUAGAGGCAGAACCUGGAUAUAUAUUGUGUGCUGAAAGGAAGUAUUUUGCUCACCACAAGGAGUGUCUCUGUGAAAUUGUGGAACCUCCAUAACACUUAACUUUAUUUGUCCAUCUAUGUGGUCAAUGGGCGACCAAAAAGAAACCACUAAGUGCUGUUUUUGUGUAAGCUAUGUCUAUUCUUUGGGUUCUUGGGCCUGGGGAAAUCUCAACCCAACUUAUGGUCCUUUCGGUGAAGGGGGAAAAUGUUGAACUUGUUUAAUCUGUUACAGGAUAUGUGGCAUAGCCUUCUAAUGUGAUGCUUUUAGACCAACCUAUUCCCUUUUAGCUCAAGGCCACAUUUUGCCGCAGACUUUGCUGCAGACUCUCUGUGUUGUGAUCCACAACGCCAUAAGCUCUUCAGUCUAGAUUGAGUUUUCUGGUCACACUUUCCAUAAAACCUCUCUGGUAGACGCUAGUAAACGCAAUAUAAUUACCUCAAUUUCACACACCAACGGGCAUUACAUUGGAGCGAUCUAACCAACUUUUACAGUACCCAGAAAUAACUCAACGAGACUGAUAUCAGGGAGCGGGAAAGAUGUGUUUGUGUGUGUGUGUGGUUGUGUGCCAGUGAUUGUAAGUGUGUGUUCUUGAGUGCUUGCUGCUAAGGUGAUGUGCAUCAUAACUGCACAGCUGCUCAGCCAUAUUAAAUCCAGUCAACUGUGUAUAGCUUAUUGAGACAAAGCUAUAGAAAUUAUCUACUAGACAAUGGAUCACACUUUUAAGGUCAACUAGUUAGAAAUUUAAUCUUCUUUAAUAAAUACCUUUUCAAUCAUUAGUCUGUUACUACUGUAAUUAUUAUCCAGGAGGAAGUGGUUAACAAUUCAUAUGUUUGAGAUGUGAAUACAAGCUGCACAAGUUCUGUCAGUACAAUCAAACAUAUUUCAUUUCAUUUAACAGAUUUACGCUCAAGAAGAAACCCGCUCAGAUUUGUUCUGGAACAUACAGUUAAUGAUUUCCAGAAGUAUUGAUCUGACUUCAGUGCUUCUAAAUGAUGAAUCACAUUGGGAUAACUUUUCCUUUCUGAUGUGUAUAUCCAAAAGAAAUAGCUUUUAUUGAGAUUAGUUGCAUGAAUAAUUUCAUUGUAUGCAUAUAUAGAGAAAUAUGCAUCAAUGCUCUCAAACUGGGAGAAAAUCAUAGACAUUUCCAGAAAAUAAUACUGGCAGGAUGAGGAAUAGUACAGUUUAAGCUAGUAAAUGGUAUGUUAUUAUCGAAAAUGUCUUUACUCUUGUUUUUUUCUUGAGUCAAUGGAUGCAAAAUUAGUGUAUUUUGGAGAGAAAGCACUGUAUGUGAAUGGAAGUGUGGAGACGUGUCAUUUAAAUCCAAGGGAAAGAAUGUAUUUAAAGUCAUGAAGGGUAUUCAAAUCAGUAAACCCUCAAUCAUAUACGAUUAAACAGCAUCAAAUCACAAUGUUGUUAGUGUGCUAAUGCCAGUAUGUAUCAUAUUAAGAAUGUGUAUAUAUUGUACUUCAGAGAUUUACUGGGAAAAAAAAAACAAAAAACGGACAUGCCAUUUUAGAGUUCAGUAUUAUUUUCUCAGAGAUUUAUUUAGAUACUAAAGUGUCAUCUUUUGUCCCAUACUGAGUCAAAGACUUCAAUAAACUAACAUGAAAAUAA